AUGUGCGCGUUGUGCUUCACGAAGCAGUACGAGGAAAUGACCCAGAAGAGGCAGUUCAAAAAUUUUUACCUCUUGAAGUUUUCUUUCACCCGGGUGAUGGAUGAAUACAGCAGCAGGGACGAAAGCACAACGUUUGAAGUUUUAUACCAAGAUGUAGCGGAAAAGAAUGAGACGUUUGAAAUUGGGAUGAAAUACAAUUUGAUAGUUGUAUCAAUACCUAACCAGCCAAAUAAGAACAGCAUUAAGGGGGCGCGCGUCGGGAACCUUUGGCUCUUGAAUUAUAGGAAGGAUAAAACGAAAAAGCUCGAAUGCAGCUCGCUGUCGGCGCCAGAAGACACAAACCUGAUGUUGUCUACCGAAAGGUUCAACUGUUUGCUGCAAACCCCAAAUUUAGAAGAUAUGAACAAAAUCAUAAGCGAUAUCCUGAAGCUGCCGCCCAACAAUUCCUGUUUGAGCAAAAUUUGCAGAACGACGAAGUUAACCCUAAUUUUGAUUAGCAUAUGCAGCAAUGUGCUGAGGUACGCCAAGUUGGACACGUUUGCGCACGACUUGUACAACAAGCUGCACACGAACAAGUGGGUAGGUGGGGAUGCCUCGCGGCAUGCCCUAACGGGAGUCAGAGCCCCGCACUGCUUCUUCAUUUGUGUAGAUGAAGUAAUAAUGGUGGACUUGGUUAAAUUUUGCAAUUAUUUCUGUAACAUUAGGAUUCUGCACGUGAAGGCAGACUCCUUCAAUAUCUUGUUUACGCAAAAGUACGAUAUCCUCGUGAUCAACAUAAAUAAUUUGAACAGUCUCCAAAUUAAUGUGUUGGUAGAAUUAAUGAAGAACGGUGUGUACAGGUGCAAGAAGGCGCUCUUCCCGGUGUCCACCACGUUUUGGGUCUACGCGGUGAAGUCCUACAUACGGAGUGAGCAGGAAUUCAACACCUAUAUUAAGGGGAACCUCCUGGCACGAUUCGAUUUCUUAUUCGAACUGAGCUUUGAUGGUGAGGACGACAUCAUCGAAGAGGUCCUAAGAAGCACGGAUGAAGCUGGAAAGGAAAAUUGCAACUUCUACUUCGAGCUGAAUAAGAACUACUCCUAUUUGAAGAAAAGCCAUUUGAACCAUUUUGAAUUCAAGGGGAUGUGCAGUGUGACCAAGUCCAUCAUCCAGAAGUACUUCAGCAUGGCUGCCGACUUGUCAACCUUGACUGUGCACCACAUAGGCAUAUGCGAGUUGCUAUGCAUUAGUGCGUCUCUCCUGUUUAAGAAGAAGGAAUGCCUCAUUGAGCAUGUCGUUUUGGGACUGUUUUUAUACGACAAAUUUGUAUCUUCUACAAAAAAUAAGUUAACCCAAUUUGACAAAAACAUACUGGACAGCGUGAUGAAUUCGCGGGAUGAGGAGAGCUGCUCCUUUCAAAAAUUAAUGAAUUAUUUUUCCUCCUAUUUGGGUGCAACGAUGAGUAUGCAGUAA